CGGCAGCAGUCGCGUACACACCGGGAAAUUUCCCACACAGUAAAUAAACCGGGGAUGCGAAUUUUCACGUAAACAUUUAGCGCGCGGAAAUGGACUGAUCGUUUACACAAACUGAUCCGAGCAUUUGAGUUUAACAACGUAAAAGUGAACGAACUGUACGAGUUUAAAAAUGUUGUGGGAGAGCAGUCACAACGAGGAAUCGGACACGAUGCCACAGACGGUGCCCCGGUCUGGGUGCAGCCCCCCAUCGGCAUCCCAGGGCGAGAGAGCAGUACCAACUUCACCCGCCGACAUACACCAUCUUCUGCGCCUUCUUGGUGCUGAAUCCCCACCAGAACCGAUGUUGCACUCCCCUCCCACACAUAUAAAACCUCCCCCACCUUAUCCAGAAGAUAACAACUAUCUUGAGCGCCUUUACGAUCUAGAAAGCUACCCAACCCCCUCUCCAUCAUCUGACGAAGGAUCAAUUCCCACAGUGGCGUUCCAACCACCUUCCCCUUACAACUCCCUAGACUAUCCAGUUUUCAUCAAAGAAGAACCACAUAAUAGGCUCUCAGUGCCCGGAUUUGCUUCGCCCUAUCCUUUAUCCCCUUCAGGCUCCUGCGUAUCAUACGGAAGUCAUAACCAAUACUUGUCACCGGUCCCACACCACGAAGAAUACAUAGAUAUUGAGGAUUUACUCAAAGAGAAUCAGAUUUUACAAGAAAGUGUACAACACAGUUACAUAACACCAAAAAUCGAAAUCGAAGAACCAAGAGAUCACAUUCUAUUGCGUUCGGCGCUUGAAGACACAACAUUUCAAAAACGUCUCAAUUUGAGGCCUAUUCCAUUAGAAUUAGGAAGUGUCAAAAUGGAAGAAAGUAGUGGAGGUACCGGUGAAGAAUCACUUGUAACCCCUGCUAUAGACCGCGUGCUCUCAAUGGCUAUUGAGCAGUCUAAACGAGAUGUGGACAACACAUGUACAGUUCUAGGUAUAUCACCAGACCCAAUGCAGUGGAGUACGAGCGAUGUGAAAGCGUGGGUGAUGUUUACAUUACAACACUUCAACUUGCCAAUGGUACCUACCGAAUACUUUGCUAUGGAUGGCGCAGCCUUGGUCUCACUCACAGAGGAUGAAUUCAAUCAAAGGGCACCACAAGCCGGUAGCACUCUGUACGCACAGCUGGAGAUCUGGAAAGCGGCGAGGCACGAGAGUUGGAGGAGUCAAUGGACUGAGCACGAACAGCCUUCCCCCGCCCCGGCACCACCCGGCUUGCCGUCAGCUGAUGAUUUGAGUGAUGCAGAAGAAGAUACAGAGUCAGUAAACACAAGUGCGAGUCAGGGAGGAGGGAAAGUGAAGUCGGGCAGCACGCAUAUACACCUCUGGCAGUUCCUGAAGGAGUUGCUUGCGUCCCCCCACAUACACGGAUCUGCGAUACGGUGGUUAGAUCGAAGUAACGGAAUCUUCAAAAUUGAAGAUUCAGUCCGAGUAGCGAGACUGUGGGGCAAGAGAAAGAACCGGCCAGCCAUGAACUAUGACAAGCUGUCCAGAAGUAUUCGGCAGUACUACAAGAAAGGUAUCAUGAAGAAAACUGAGAGGAGUCAGAGGCUCGUGUACCAGUUUUGUCACCCGUACUGCUUGUAAGCUCCUUGUGAUGUCGUAGUAUAAGUGAAUUGUACAUAAUUGUUGUAAAUAAUGGCUUGUGUGAGCCGCGGUAAUGCGGACACCUAGACAACUGGUUGAGUUUUACGACGUGCGUAAAACUCAACGCAGUUAAUGAGUUUGUCGAUGUUAUAGCAUCUCAAGAGGCGAGUAAACGUCCUUAGAUGUGAAAACAUCGAUUGACACUCCUCCAUAUAAUUCGAGGAAGGUAAUUUUCUCUAGAAUUCUAUUGGAUGGAGUUCAUGGUCGCGAUAGUUUUAAGUUCUUUUUUACCAGCGACUAGAGGUCGGUCAUCGAUCGUUUGAUUGGACCGAUCAUUUUGAUUGGUUUUCGACCGACAUUCGAAACCUGGUAAUGUUUAUCCCAUAUAUCUAUGAUAUAUUUCUAGUACGUUCUAUGAACUUUUAGAUAAGCGAUUUGUAAAUACUACGUUCGAAUCUAUGUUAAAAUAAAUGAGCAUAAGUUUGCUCGCGUUCUCGUUUAAGUUAAUGAAGAGGUAAUUCUCAUUUAAUUUAAAAUAAUUAAUUUAUGUUUUUUUUUUUACUAUUAUUUGUUAGCAACGUGUAACGUUAGCUUAAUGUUAAUACUAAUAAUGUUUUUCAAUACAUUUGUGUGUGAGCACGCAUAUGGGACACUUGCAAUUUAGGUUUAAUUAACUUUAAGUGGUGGUGCUCAACUGCUUGUGCACAUAUCUCUUCAGUAAACGAAAAUGACAAUUAGUUAGUAGAUACAAACGAUAACACAGAUAUACCGGUCCAUUUUGUUUACCAAAGAGUUUUGUUAACAAAAGGUUAGCACCAUUGUGAUGUAUGAACUCUAAACUUAAGAGUAAAAGAAUUAGAAAUGUUUAUGUGAGAAAUUAGAAAUUUUGUGCCAAAUAGACAGUAAAUUCGGAUUUAUUCGGGACAAAAUAUUUGUAUUAUAAGGAGCUCACCGAUGUAAACUUGUAUGAAUAAUACCUUAUUUAGAACGGUGAUGGUAAAUGGGGUCAUAGGUUUAAGACAUAAUGUAAUUAAACUACGACGCAGUAAGUGUCGAUAAUAAGUAAUAUUAUAGUAAUUUGAUUAAACUAAUGUAGAUUUUAUGAAUCAUGUAAUUAUUAUGUUGCAUCAAAAUAAAUGGCCAUUUUUAUAAUCAA